AUGGCCCUCGAGCGGAAACCUGUGAUUCCGACGUUGCCCGUCUGGCUCUUCGCAAAAAACCAUGAUGCUCACUCGCGCCGUAGGUUUGGGGCCAGCCCUCAGGCAAGCUGCCUUUGCUCCACGACUGGUUCGAAGUCAGGUUGUAGGUCGGAGUCUCAUUGCCAAACGGAAUGUCCAGAUACAGUCACUCCCAUCUACAGCAUCUGUUGAAAUUCUCAACAAGCAGCGUCUCAAACGCCCCAACAGUCCGCAUGCCACCAUAUACCAGCCUCAACUACCAUGGAUCACCUCCAUCGCGAACCGUAUCACUGGCGCUGGUCUCAGUGUCUUGCUUUAUGGUUUCUCCCUGGCCUACCUCGUCGCUCCAGGGACCUUUGACAGCACUCAUAUCAUUGAGUUUGUGGCCGGCCUCCCUGAGGUUGUCAAAUUUGCGGGAAAGACCAUUCUUGCUGCACCAUUCGCUUACCAUUCCUGGAACGGAGUGAGGCAUCUUGUUUGGGAUUCGACAACCAAAUUUCUUUCCGUGAAGGGCGUCUACAACACUGGCUAUGCCAUGUUGGGUCUUACCUGUCUAUCAACCAUUGUACUUGUAUUUAUGUGAAUGAAACCCAGGAACUGUUUUCUAAGCUUGAAGCUUGAAA